GAAGAAAGAGUGCUGAGCAAGGUCUGGAUAUGUCAAGAUUACCAGUGUUCUCACUCCAGGAGAAGAGCUACAUUAAAGGCACAUCCGAUUUCUUGGGAUUAGGUCAUUUUACUACUCGAUACAUUACAGAAAAGAAGUACUCCUCCCGCCAAGGGCCCAGCUACCAGAACGAUCGUGACUUAGUAGAACUGGCUGACCCAAACUGGCCAGAUCUGGGGUCAAAAUGGCUAUAUUCUGUGCCAUGGGGAUUUAGGAGGCUCCUCAACUUUGCUCAGACUCAAUAUGGCGAUCCUCCUAUAUAUGUGACGGAAAAUGGAGUAUCUCAAAAACUACACUGUAUUCAAUUAUGUGAUGAGUGGAGAAUCCAAUACCUUAAAGGAUACAUAAAUGAAAUGCUAAAAGCUAUAAAAGAUGGUGCUAAUGUAAAAGGGUAUACUUCUUGGUCUCUGUUGGAUAAGUUCGAAUGGGAGAAAGGAUACUCAGACAGAUAUGGAUUCUACUAUGUUGGAUUUAAAGACAGAAAAAGGCCUCGCUAUCCAAAGGCUUCUGUUCAAUAUUACAAGAGGAUUAUCACUGCCAAUGGGUUUCCCAAUCCAAGAGAGGUGGAAAGUUGGUACCUCAAAGCCUUGGAAACUUGCUCUAUCAACAACCAGAUGCUUGCUACAGAGCCACUGUUGAGUCACAUGCAAAUGGUUACGGAGAUUGUGGUGCCUACAGUCUGCACCCUCUGCAUACUCAUUGCGGCCGUUCUACUAAUGCUCCUCCUGAGACGGCAGAGCUGACAGGAUUACCAAUUUUGGAGUUUCAUUUUUCAUAAAGAAUCUUCAGGAUCUUCCUUCUUUUUUUGCUUUGAAGGUUUAUGUACAUUUCUGUUUUCAGGCUCUGCAAUAAUUACCUUUUUUCUCUCAUUUUUUGGCU